AUGAAUGCGCUAACUAAUGCCCGCAUAGAAUGUGCGUAUAGCCACCACUUCCCCUCCAAAGCAAAUUUCAAUGAAGAGCAAGCGUCGCGGCCACAAUUCGACCGCAAUGUGCCCCUAAAAUACUCUCAACCGCCCAACACGAACUGGAAACUAGGCGACGGCGCCAAUAACGGCGGCGCGUCUCCAGACACACAAAGAAAGCACAUUGCAAUCGAUCCCUAUGAGCCUGGCAGGUCUGCAAGCAGCAAUUAUAAGCUGCUCAUAUCCGGCAUUGUCCCUCGCCCGAUUGCGUUCGUCAGCACCAGGUCCAAGGAUGGCACAUCGGUCAAUCUUGCUCCGUUUAGUUAUUUCCAGCUAGUGAAUCAUGACCCACCAAUGUUCGUUGUAAGCUUUGUCGGUUCAAUCGACAAGGCAAAGGAUACGUUGAGGAACCUGCUUGACACAAACGAGUGUGUCAUUAACCUCAUAUCCGAACAUUUCGUCGAAGCCGCCAAUGCAACCUCUGUGAAUGCACCGUAUGGCACUUCGGAAUUUGAGAUUGCCGGCUUGCAUCAGGCGCCGAGUACGACGGUGAAAGCGCCGCGCGUACAGGAAUCUAUUUUCUCGAUUGAGGGUCGACUAGUUGAAGCGAAGGAGUUUGAGAGCUCGGUUGAGCCAGGCAAGAAGACGGGUGUUCUGGCUAUUGUCGAAGGGACGCGGUUCUGGGUACGCGAAGAUGCGAUUAAUGAUGACAAGAGUCUUAUUGAUUUGGAGGUGUUGCGUCCGAUUAGUCGGUUGGGUGGAAUCAGGUAUGGUCGUACCACGGAGAUCGUGGAGCUGGAACGGCCGUCUUUCUAA